AUGUCUUUCCGAGUCCACCAUAAUACCCUCACUCUGCUGGCCGCACCCGUGAAUGAGACCGAGAACGUCCCGACUGUGUCCGCCUCCUUGCGCCAGAGCCCGAGCUGGCCUUGGAUGUACGCGAUGGCGUGGGCGAGCGACGUGCCUGGGAGUCUCGACGAGUGGCCGUGUCUUGUGUGGCUCGUCUGUCGGCCCUUCUCCACUACCAUGUCGAGUCCCCAUUUCGAUAUCUUGGCCUACCAUUGUGUCCGCAUCCACAUUUCGAACAUCCUGCUGGCUACUGCGUUUGCCGCCCUUUCGUCCCAUCUGGACGGCUUCCUCGCGGGUGGGAGAACUAUCUGA